AUGACCUCUCAUUUGAACGUUUUCCAACAACCUCUUGCCUUCUUCUCCAACCGUCCUAUCACCGGUUUUCAUCGAGAUGGGUAUUGUAGGACUGGAGUUGCAGACUUUGGCAACCACGCCGUGGCUGGUGUGGUGACAGAAGAGUUUCUGGACUACAGUGCUUCGCAAGGAAACGAUCUUCGGACAGCAGGCCUGACUGGGGGUUGCAAGUGGUGUCUGUGUACGGCGAGAUGGCUUGAGGCGUUGCAAGCGUACAGAGAUGGGAAGAUCACUAAGAACGGAGUUCCAAAAGUGGUGUUGGAAGCCACCGAGGAUAGUGCGCUGAGACAGGUCGACCUGGAUACAUUCAGGCAAUUUGCUGCCGAAUCACAGACGAACGGCGCAAGUGUGAAUGGCGUGAACGGGCAUUGA